UGCACAUAACGUCUGUUGACAACAUACAUGACCUCCCGAGGAAGCUGUUCCCUUUUACUGCAUCUCUGAAAUUCGCAACAAGAAGAUAACAUGAAGCCUAAAUCUCUUCCAUCGAGGCUGUUUGACAGGAACUCAGCAGCAGCUUCAGGUGAGACUUCAAGUGGUCGCGGUGCAAAGUAUCAACGGCACGUUGACUGUGUGGAUCAGCCGGAAAGACAGGAUCAAUCUUCCAAUGAUGAUAGCCAACAAGUGCCUGAUGGCAGCGGGCAAAAUGAGAAGUGGCACAAAGAAAUACAUAUUGCUUUUCAGCAAGAGAAGUAUGAGCCACUGAUGGAUGAUGAGGCAAAAGAAGAGAAAAAGAGAAGGAAGAAAGAAAGCUACAAAAAAGUCAAGAAGAAUGUUGGAAAGGCGCUUCGCUCCACCUGGAAGUGUCUCAUGCUUGGUCUUUACAAUUUUGCCCUUGGUUACUCUACUCCGAUCACAGUGGCUGCAGCUUUUGUCCCUGACUUUCACCCUGGCAGAAACAGAACCUGAGCUGAGCUUAGCAACAUGGAUCUUCUCCAGUUAUUUUUUCAAGUUUUACUGUAUAUACCAGUAAACCACAGACUCUGACCAAAGACUUUUUUUUGUAUGAUCAUAAUGUUUGUGUUUUUGAAAUAACAUUUUCAAACUGUUUUUUUACAUCAAGAUUAAAUCAGAGAUGUUUGUUUUGUUGACGGGAGCUAUUCUAAAGGUAUGCCUUCUUUAAAUAAUCCUGUUUUGAUUUGUCAUAUCUGUAGGAAAAGUAAAGAUAAAAAAAUAGAUGAUGGCUAGGUUCUGUACAAAUUCCCCUGUUUUAUUUCUUUUACUUUUUUAGUUUGUUUUGUUACAUGUUCAAAUGUCUUCUGUGGAAAUGGAAACAACACACAUCUGCAGAGGUAUACAUUGUUAAUACAAUUAUACUAUAUAAAUGGUUUUUUUUUUUUGCAGACCCAGUGUAUUGUAUAUGUUGCUCUACGCUUACUGUUAAUGUACUGAAAUAUAUAGGUGCCUAAUUUCACUUGUAAAUUAUUUUUUAAUCAGACAUCUAGCUGGAUUGUGGAUGUGUGCAGAAGGAUAAUUUGGGUAUGUGACACCUGCAGCAGGACUGUAAUGACAGGUAGUGUUAAUGUGUCUGAAAUAAAUAAGGAAAAAUAUUUAUGAACAGUGCACUGUUGGUUAAUGACUGUAAAGGAUUUGUAAAGACUGGCACAGUAAGAAGGAAGGAAGGAAACUGGGCCACUCUUUUCCACCAGAGUGGAGCAACUGAACUAGACCUACUUAUCUCCAGAAUAUUUAAUGAGACUUCUGAAUUUCUGUGUAAUUUUGAUCAUUUGUAAAGAUUUUGGAAGUUGUGAUGUUUGUAUGUUGGUGUGUAAUAAAUGAGUUUGCAACA